AUGCCGCCGCAAAGUCGAGCCACAGGAUCAUUCCCUCAAAGGCCAUCAGAAAAUACCCAAGAAGCUGAAGCAGACAUGAAUCGACACAGAACCGACCAAAGACGGGCGAAUCUUGACAAGAUCGCCCGUUAUAUCAUCCGUCCACUUAGCCAGUCCAUAGACAGACAUGUGGGCAUGGACUUCUUGAAACAUUACGGUAUCAAAUGUUACGAUAUGGACUUCAAAACUGGUCAAGUCGGCAAGCGCGCAGAGCCAUUCAUCCAACUUAUUCAGCCUCAAGUAGUCGAGCAAUGGCUCAGGGAGAUUGGGUCUCCUCCGCUCAAGGACCGUCGAGAUUUCGUGAACGAGUUCUCUCACGAAUUCGGAGAUAGUCCCCACUGCGGUAGUUCCAGGCUCAUUAAUCGCCUGGGCGAAAAGAACGCCAACUGGCAGCUCAAGGCUCUUCUUCGCCAACAUCUUCCCAACGCUACACGUUAUGACCGUGUACCUGAUCCUCAGAAGCCUCAUGCCAUGUGCUAUCUGGCAGAUGAAGCGCAGCUAGUAGACGACAAACUCCUAACCAGUGAGCUCACCGCUUUGCUUGUUGUUGCAGCCGACACAGCCCUCAAAGCGACCUGGCAAAAGCAAAAGAUCAUUCCGGUGACCCUCAUCACUGGCUCGCGCAGGACUGUUCGGGUAUCCCAAUGCAUUCUGAACGCAGAGACGGGGGGUGUCGAGAUUCGCAAAUCACCACUCGUAUCGUUUCCAAAUGGCUUUCGGGCAGACUGGAACAAAUGUUUAAUGCUACUGGGAUGGAUUCUAGGUACUCCAGUGGGAAGAACGAUGUGAUCUGACAACUAGCAUCUACUUGGUCGACAUAGGGUCUGUAUCUUUGUUUAUGUUUAUGUCCAACACGAGGCGGCUAGGAGUUUGGCGCAAAUCAAGGUUUUAAAGGAUAUGUAUGAUCGAAAAUAGACAAUACGAUGAGGCAACCCGUACAUCUCCAACU